GGUUUAGACCCUCCUCCUCUUCCUCCUCACCUGUUUAUAUUUGGGAAACAGAUCCCCCAAAGUUACUAACAACCAACACCAUUUACCAGAACUGGUUCUCACCAAGUGGAGUUUGCUGGCUGCACAUAGAAAGGCCAAGAUGAAAGCCUUCCUUAUCCUGACUGCCUUCUGCAUCACCCUGGGUUUGUGUCAUGGGGCCUGCACACAUCAGUUACCCAGAGCACAGCUGGUAGACGGGGUGCUGGUGGCUCCGGAUUACUGCGUAGAUUCUUCUGAUGGAAGUCGCCAUCCGAUUGGGUCUCUGUGGGAUUCGGCUCACUGCUGGCGAUGCUCCUGUGGGAAGGGAGGAAUGAACUGUUGUACCAGGUACGGUGGUAUUCACCAUAUGGAAGGAUGCACAGGAAUAGUGGAUAUGGAAACCUGUGACUAUGUGUUCUACAGGAAUGAUGACCCAACCAAGCCAUGUUAACACUUCAGAUUAAAAAACCAAACCAAAAAAAAACCCCAAAAGCACCCUAUCCCGUUCCUUUCAUGAAUGGGGAACUGAAUAAAAAAACCCCGUUCCACAUCU